AUGCAGGCUCCGAGGAUUGCUUCGAAGGAUGGAAAUGGCGAGGACGAGGAGGACCAAAAGUACAGCAUCAUCGACGAUAUCGCGUUCAACGACAAAUCCGGCACAAUCGACGAGAAACGGAGAAUCGAGGUUGUCGAUGAGCAAGAGAUCGAGCUCAUUGAGACAUUAUACACGAGAGGUCAUAUUUCGCGUGAGGAAUGGCGAGAUAGUGUCUUUGCACAAUCUGGGUUACGCACCGAAGGAGCGGCGAUCGAAGAUGUGGCAGGAGACAAUGCAAAGCUGGAAGCAAGAGUUCGAACACUGCGCGAGUAUUACGGAACCGCGACUAUUCCUUCACAAGUCCUGGACGGGGACGAAAUCACAGUUCACCAAAGAUUAUUUGGUGAUUUACGACAGCUGGAGGCGAUCAGCGAGGAACCUAGCGACCUAGGACAAUUGAUGAGUAGAAGUAGCACGGGAGUGAUCGAUCAAGAGGGAGAGGAGGUGGAGUUUGAUGAGAACGAAGCCUUGGAUGAGGAUGAGCUGUCAGAGGAGGACACACCGAUAGGUCAAGGGCGGCCAGAGCGACAUCGUCCCAGCAACGAGAGACUAGCAGACGAUAUGCGUGCUGCAUUCGAUGCUGGCACAAUCUCGGAAGCUAUAUCGCAACAGGACACAGUACUUGCCGAUGAAGCCGCGGUAUAUCAGCGUACGCAUCCAUUAACCCUCGAAGGGCGAUUUGCGACUUCUCCGUCAACGAUAGAAAUGCCAAAAACACCAUACGUUGACCCAGUCACCGGAAUGCUCUCAGGUAUAUCAAACACGCACCUCAGCGAUGCUGCGCACCGAGUCUUUGGAGGUCCUGGUCUACCAUACAGUACCUCUACACCUGCCAGAGGGAAGCUAAUGCCUCAAAAGGCGAUCACUCUGGAUGCCUAUCAACCGCAAAUGUCUGAGAUCGAGGGCGACGUUUAUAUGAGUACGCUAUACCCAGGAGUCUAUGCGAGCGUGUUGAGUGUCUUGGUAGAGACGAGAAAGAGGCUAGGAAGUGCUUGGGCGGAAGGCCUAGUCCGUAAAGCUGAAGCCGGAGAGCUAAGAAUCCUGGAUGCCGGUGGAGGCGGUGCUGGAAUUCUUGCUGUACGAGAGAUUAUUCGAGCCGAAUGGGAACGUCUGAUUGGGAAGUCAGAGGAUGAUAUGGAAAGUCCAAUGGCCCUAGCAGAGGCUGACGGAAAAAUCGGUGGCGCUGGUGUGGGUGCGCCAUUGGGCCAUGCGACUGUGUUGACGAGUUCAGACGUGCUCAGGAAACGAGCGAGCAAGCUUCUCGAAAACACGACUUUUGUGCCAAGACUGCCCGAUUAUCUUCACGCGGAGAGUGCGCCAUCUCAGGGCAAGUUCGACAUUGUCGUUGCGCCACAUACUUUGUGGCAGUUGCGGGAAGACUACGUUCGCAAGACCCAUGUGCAGAAUCUUUGGUCUCUGCUGUCAACAGAUGGUGGAGUGCUGGCUCUUCUCGAAAAAGGCGUGCCACGAGGAUUCGAAAUGGUAGCUGGUGCGCGAGACCUUCUCCUUGAGCAACGCAUCUCCUCGCCUGGCUCGGAGCAGCGCCUCACAAACAUCGAAGAGAAGCUUCCGAAUUCUGGCGGAAAUUAUGAGCACAUCGUCUGGGACGAUGCUGUAGGCGAAGGUAGUGCCGAAGAGGUACAUGCAGAAGGACCUGACCUUUCGACCCAGCCGAAGGAAAAAGGCAUGAUCAUCGCUCCAUGCACGAACCACGCCGACUGUCCCAUGUACGCCCAAAAAGGCCACGUCAAAGGCCGCCGCGACAUUUGCGCCUUCGAACAACGCUACCACCGCCCAGCUUUUCUACAAAACAUCUUCGGCACCAAAGGCCGCAACCACGAAGACGUCGAAUUCUCCUACAUCUCUGUAAUGCGAGGCCGAGACCUCCGCACUCCCACCGACAACCUCACAACGACGCCUCUCAUACAAUCCCCCACAACCACCGACCGCGCCUUCAUCGGCUACGAAAACACCACAACCCAUUCCUCCACCCCUCCACAUCCCCUCUCCCUCCCUCGCACCAUCCUCCCACCCCUCAAACGCCAAGGCCACGUAAUCCUAGACCUCUGCACCCCCUCAGGAACCCUCGAACGCUGGACCGUCCCCCGCUCCUUCAGCAAACAAGCCUUCCGCGACGCUCGCAAAGUCAACUGGGGUGACCUCUGGGCCCUCGGAGCCAAAACUCGCGUUCCUAGGAACGUCAAAGCCAAACCGCGCGAUAUCACAGGAGACAUGGAUGCGAAGCUUGUCAAAAAUUCGAAGAAAGAAAAGAAGAAACGCAUGAAAGUUGAUUUGCAGGGUGUGCCUGAUGUGGGUGUAGAUGAGUUUGGGAGGGUGGUGAGCAAUGCCUCGAAAGAAGGAAAAGUAGCUGCGAUGAAAGGUGGGAAUUUGAGGAGUGGGAGGCAGAAGGUUAAGGGGAUCAGGGAUAAGAGGGAUAAGAAGGCAAUGGGAAAUGGCAGACGGAAGAAUGCUACGUUGGUGGCUGGUGAUGAUGCAUCGAUGGACGACGAUGACUGGUGA